AUGUUUAUGAAUCAGCAGAUCUAGAAAGACUAGCUAGUCUGGUUUAAAAAUGAGUUUUACGAUGAAAACGCAAUGGACAACUCCAGCAAGCCGUUUUAUGCUGCAAAUAUCUUGAAAGUCUAAGGCGACGACUUGCUUGUCAAACUCGCACCAAAUGAAACUGAAUGCAAAAUACAAGACUACCUGGGUCCAUCCUUCUUGAUACCAAUGAGCAAGACCAUGGAGUACUCAGUAGCUAGCGAGAAAGGAAUUGCGGAUAUGGUUGAGAUCGAUGAGCUGAACCAUGCGACGCUGCUUUUCAACUUGUUUAAGCGCUAUGUCAUGAACGAGAUUUACACCUAUGUAGGUCCUAUUCUGCUGGCUAUGAAUCCCUUCAAGAACAUGGACCAUUUGUACACUGAGAGGAAGGUCUAGGACUACAAGGAAAUCAUAAACAGCAGGCAUCCUCUUGAGGAGAGAAAGAAACUGCCCCCACACAUAUUCGCUAUCACAGCUAUGGCUUUCAAGCAAAUGAUUGAAAGCAAGCAGAAGCAGGCUAUUGUCAUCAGUGGAGAGUCUGGUGCUGGUAAGACUGAGUCUGCUAAGUGUGCAAUGAAGUUUCUGACUAAGCUUUCGCAAAAGGGCAGAGGCAAUAACGAUGACUAGAUUGAACAGCCUGGAAUAGAACAGAAAAUUUUAGACACAAAUCCAGUUUUAGAAUCAUUUGGAAAUUCAAAGACAGUUAGAAACAAUAACUCCUCUAGAUUUGGUAAGUAUGUGAUCUUGUACUUCAGCCAUCCAAAGGGAGAGAUCCUUGGAGCCAGAGUUAAGAACUACCUUCUUGAAAAAUCAAGAGUGGUAGGCCCAGCUGGAGGAGAAAGAAACUACCAUGUUUUCUAUCACAUUCUGAGAGGAGCAUCGAUGGAACUCCUAAGAGAGCUUGAACUGCUGCAUCCAAAGACAGGUGAAAGAAUGGAUUACACAGAAUUCAACUUCCUGAAGUGCGGAACAGACGUGGAGCAGAAGAUUAUCAAUGAUGCCUCACUGUACUUAGAACUAGAAAGGUAAUUUAAGAAUCUGGGAUUCACAGAGCUUGAGCAGAUGGCUGUGUGGAAGAUUACAGCAGCCUGCUUGCAUCUGGGAGAGAUACAGUUCAAUGACUUGACUUAUAACGAAAACGGUAAACCCUGCUCAAUUACCAACAUUGAGAGAGCUGAGACAAUAGCCAGAAUACUAGGAGUACAAAACCCUCAAGAUUUGAUACUUGAUAUUGUUAACAAGCCCUCUCAGCCCGGCAUGAACAUUAGAGCUCCGUUAAAGAUAAAUGAGUGCUUUGAUGCCAGAGACUCACUUGCAAAGUAUCUCUAUGAUAACCUCUUCAACUGGCUAGUUGAGAGAAUGAAUCUUACGAUUUUACCUGAGAAUGAAGGAGAAGACAGUUUUAAGUCAGAGACUAAAACUAUAGGUCUUCUUGACAUUUUUGGGUUUGAAAAUUUCAAAGAAAACAACUUUGAGCAGCUCUGUAUCAACUAUGUCAAUGAAAAACUCCACAAGCUAUAUAUAUCAGCCAUAUUUGAUGCUGAGAAGUUUGAACUCAGAAACGAAGGUCUUGGAGAUAGAGUUAAUCAGCUAAAGUAUCCAGACAUGACUAGCUUAGAUGUUAUUAAGAUCCUUGAUGAAAAGCUACAAACUGGCAGUAAGGCUGGUGGAGGUGGCGGUGUAUCUAAGAUUGGUAUAUUCAAUAUCAUCAAUGAUUGCAGCACCUAAAAGCCAAGGCCUACUUGGGAAAUCCUGAUAAAACGUAUAGAUGACAUGCAUAAGACCUCAACCUCGGCAGUCAAUGUCUACUAGAAGGAGAAAGUCAAGGAAAAGUUCAAAAUUAAACAUUCAGCUAAGGAGGUUAUUUAUUCUUGCAAGUAAUUCAUUGAAAGAAAUGUAGACGAAAUAUCGAACUCACUUGAAAAGUGUAUUUUGACAAAGACUGAAGCUACGAUCUCUAAAAUUUUCCAAGGCUUUUCAAAGCCUGGGUAAAAGUAAGCUGAAGAAGAGGAGAAAAAGGGAGGUAAAGGUGCGUAGAAGAAGACUAUUUGGCAUAAGUUUUCAGAUCAGAUGCAAGAUCUAAUGAUGGAGCUAGCAGAGCCUUUGCUAGAUUUCAAGCAGUAGGAUCCUAGCACUGCAGAAGAGACCAAAGUAUCAUAAAGCCAGAGUGGUGCCAUUAAGAAAAGCAGCUAGAAUCAAAACUUACCUGAGAUAGAGCAGUGUUCUUUGCAUUUCAUCAGAUGCAUCAAGCCAAAUGACUUCAAAAUACAAGAUUGUUUUGUUCAUGCGAUGUGUUUACAACAGAUAACAUAUAUGGGUGUCUUAGAGUCAAUUGAUGUUAAGCAGAAGAAUUACCCUUACAGAAAAUCAUUUGAGGAGUUUUACCAGAGAUAUGAGCUACUUAGUCCAAUAUUCGGAACCAUUCGCUACGAAAAUAUGUCAAAAUCUACCUCUGACUUUAAGUCCUAUAGUACCACUAUACUAAGUGAGGCAUUUUAAGGCUACAAGGAAUUUUAUGCCAUUGGGAAGACCAAGAUACUAAUGAGGAAUGAAUGUGUCGCACUUCUUGAGAAAGCCAAAUCCAAACAAAGAGAAGUAAGGGAUGACUCAGCCAAACUUAUUAAAAGAGCAUUCUAGUUGUUCCUUGGCCAGACUAAUGCAAACUAAAAUAAGCAGAAGAUGAUUAACAUCCAAUCUUAUCUGAGACAAAAACGACUAGAAAUUAUUGAUAAAAGAGCAAAGGCAUUUUAUGAAAAGGCAUUGAUUUCAGUGGUAAAGUACAAAACUGACAAGAGAAAAGACUAUGAAUUGAAAGCCUCGCAGAUACUGACUGAUACUUACAAGAAGUAUAUGUUUAGAGACCAAUUGACAAAGUCUCUGAGAGAUAGACACAAGGUAAUGAAGUGCAUUGAAGCUUAUGUGACUAUUAAAAGACUCAGGAAGUACUAUAUAUGCUUCACUCUGACAAGACAGUUAGUUGAGAAAUCUUUUUAGAUUGGCAAGUACAGAGCAGAAGAGAGAUCUGUUAGAUUAGUGUAGAGAAUAUUCAGAGGCUUCACUGCUAGAGAUAGGAAAAUGAACUUAGUGGUAUCUGCAUUGAAGUCCAAAGAGAACUUGAAGCUACACGUUGCUGCUAAAAGAGUUUAGAAGCGACUGAGAGGCAUGAUAGUCAGAAAUAGAAUGAGGCAUUUACACCUGACUGCUUAGAAGGUCUAGGGCUUCAUGAGGUAGAAAUGGUACAGAGAGUUCUUUGAGAACUUGAGGAAUAAUGUGAUAACGAUUCAACGCAGUGUGAGAAGAUUCCUUGCCAGAAGGGAUAUCAUCAAACAGAGACUAGUCAGCUAUAUUGGCUAGGAGUUGAAUGUGAUCAGGAACGUCAAACAGAUAGAGAACUAUCAGUUGUUUGGGAUUUAGGGGGAUGGAGCCAUACUCUCUGAGAUCAUCAAGCCGCACACUCCACACUCACUUAAGAAGAUCCAGCUGUUUUUGAAGACAAUUGAUAUUCAUAUCAUGACUGAUCUCUCUGAGAUAUACAGUUAGCCAUGGUCAGUUCAAUGGAUGAAACUAUCUAAAGAAGGUUUGCAAGCUGAAGUUCCAAUAAUGCAAGUUUAAGUUGGAGUAACUCACACAAUAGCAGCUAACCAAAAAGGAAAAAUAUACUGCUGGGGCUGGAACGAUAAUGGUUAAUGUGCUAAAAACACUCAAGAGUCUAGUGAAAUAGUCAUACGCUAGUAUUCUAGACAAGCGUAGGUCUAAUUGAAUGAAAUGGAAACCGGAAGUGGGCAAUCAGAUUAAAGAGUCAGGUAGAUUGUAGCUGCUUAGGAUAGAUGCUUAGUAUUGAUGCAAGACAAUCAAGAACUCUUAGUUUGGGGUAGCAACGACAAAGGUUAGCUUGGUCUAGGCACAUACGAAGAUGAAUGGAUGCCCAGAAGAGUUGAUUUCUUUGCUAAGUAGGGUAUCAAGAUUAAUGGAAUAGCUGCUGCAGGUGACUUAAGUCUUUGUGCUUGUGAGAAUGGCGAGGCUUACGCUUGGCCGUUCUAAAGAGGAGGAACUACCUAUAGCCUGCCAGUGAAAAUGCCAUUUAGCGAGAAAAUCAAGAUAUCCAAAGUGUCUUGUGGCUAUAACUUUGGAUUUUUCAUAUCAACUCAAGGUCUUGUCUACUCACUUGGAAAAGACAAUUCUGAAGGUUAGCUUGGACUGGGCCACAUUUACCCAAGAGAUGUGCCAGAGAUAAUUGCAACAUUGAAGGACAUUGGAGAAAGAAUAGACUCACUUGAAUGUGGUUACAAGCAUGUCAUCGCUAAAUCCACUCUAGGCAAAAUCUACACCUGGGGCUGGGGAGCUAAGGGUCAGCUUGGCCACAGUCAUUUUGACUCGGAAAUCAAUCCUAGACUCUUGGUCAUUGAAAAGAACAAACAUAAGGAGAAAGCCAUAUAGAUAGCAGCUGGCUUUUCUCACAGUUUGAUCAUGCUUGAUAACAAUAGAGAACUAGUGUGGUUCGGCACAAAUGGAGUCUUAAAUCAAGUAAACAAACCUAUUCAGCUCAAACUAGGUGAGAUUCUGCCAGAGCUAUUUCCAGAUGCUAGCUUGUUAUCCUUUGCUACUGGAUAACAAAUGGACUUUGCUGUGGUUAAGAUUCUAAGCACCUGGAGCAAGAGUCUUAGUCUGAGUAACCUGCUUAUUGCAGAUUUGAGAUAAAUCAACAAUGUUCAUCCUUGGAAUAAGAUCCAAAGUACACUGUAGCAAUUAGCUACUAAAUGGGAUCCUAGAGAAGUGAUGCCACCUUAUAUCGACACAGUAUCGGGAAUGUUCAACUCAAGUAUAAUGAAAAUGCCUGGCUAGAAGUCAACUAACACUGCCAAGCCAAAAGACAAGUAAGGCUAACAAGCCAACACUAAUAGCAAUAGACACACUAAAAACUAGAGCAGUAGAACUUAGCAAGAUAUAUCAUAGAAUAAUAUUCAAGACUAGAAAAGAAAGAAAUGA